GAGGGGCCCCAGCACCCCCAGCACGUUCCCGGGGCGGGGGGGCUGCACCCCUGGUUCUGCACGGGCAGCUGUGCGUGCCCCCCCCCGGGGCGGGGAAGGAGCUGGCUGCACUCAUUGUUCCCGGGGGCGCCGUGCCAGGGACGGCGCAGAUGGCAUGGGAGAGAUGGGUGCCUGGGACGGACGGGUGCCCGGGCUGGCGUGGAUGGGUGCCCGGGCUGGCGUGGAUGGGUGCCCGGGGUGCUGCAGCCACGGCGGGCGCGGGCAGCGCUGCAGCGCCGAGGCGGAGCAGGCACUGCGGGGGUGUCACCCCCGCCCUGUCCCCCCAGUUCUGCGCACCCCGAGAGCCGCCGGUGGAAGCGAAGAGGAAGCUCGGGUGUGCUCGCUGCCGGGGACACGCGCGCACGGACACGCGUGCACGGGGAUGCUGGCGCUGUCACUCAGCCGCAUCCCUCCCUCCCUCCUUCCCUCCUUCCCUCCCUCCCUCCCUCCGUCCCUCCCUCCCUCCCGCAGCACCGGGCAUGCUGUGCUGCAGAGCCGCGGGUCAGGCGCCCGCAGCCUCCGCCGCUUCUCCUCAACACUGAGAUCCCCGGGGAGAAAAAAAAUUAAAAAACGUUUUUCCACAGCUCCCGGGCACAGCGGCGCUGGGAGCAGCUCCCGGGAUCAAACAGGGAUAAGGCCAGGGCGUGAUGGAGCUGCGGCGAGGGAGGAGGAUGCUGAGGGACCAGCUCCCUGCUCGCCUCCUCCUCCUCCUCGCCGUGGCCUGGCUCUGGCUGCCGGCGGAGGGGCGGCGGCCCCCCCGGCCUCCCCCUUGUCCCCCGACCUGCUCCUGCACCCGGGACACGGCUUUUUGCGUGGACUCCAAGGCUGUGCCCAAGAACCUUCCCCCGGAGGUCAUCUCGCUGACGAUGGUGAACGCGGCCUUCACGGAGAUCCGCGAAGCGGCUUUUGCCCACAUCCCGUCCCUGCAGUUCCUCCUCCUCAACUCCAACAAGUUCACACUGAUCGGGGACAACGCCUUUGCCGGGCUCUCGCACCUGCAGUACCUGUUCAUUGAGAACAACGACAUCCAGGCGCUUUCAAAGGCCACUUUCCGCGGCCUCAAGUCCCUGACGCACCUGUCCUUGGCCAACAACAACCUGCAGACGCUGCCACGGGACCUCUUCAAGCCGCUGGACAUCCUGAGUGACCUAGACCUCCGUGGCAACACGCUGGCCUGUGACUGCAAGAUCAAGUGGCUGGUGGAGUGGCUGGAGAGCACCAACACCACGGUCCCCGCCGUGUUCUGCAGCAGCCCCGGGCAGUUCGAGGGACAGCGGAUCCGGGACCUGGCGCUCGGUGACUUCCAGUGCAUCACCACGGAUUUCGUGAUGCACCAGGUCCUGCCCUUCCAGGCGGUGUCGGCCGAGCCCUUCACCUACGCCAGUGACCUGUACGUGGCGCUGGCACAGCCGAGCGCCAGCAGCUGCUCCAUCCUCAAGUGGGACUAUGUGGAGCGCAAACUCCGCGACUUCGACCGCAUCCCCGCUCACUCGGCGGUGCACUGCAAGCCCAUCGUGGCGCAGGAGCAGCUCUACGUGGUGGUGGCGCAGCUCUUCGGUGGCUCCUACAUCUACCGCUGGGACACGGCCGUGGACAAGUUCAUCAAGAUCCAGGACAUCGACAGCCAGAAGAUCCGCAAGCCCAAUGACAUCGAGGCCUUCCAGAUUGAGGGCGACUGGUACUUCGUCAUCGCCGACAGCUCCAAGGCGGGCUCCACCAGCCUCUACCGCCUCAACCAGAACGGCUUUUACUCCCACCAAGCCCUCCACGCCUGGCACCGCGACACCGACGUGGAAUAUGUGGAGAACGAUGGGAAACCCCGGCUGAUCAUCUCCAGCAGCUCCCAGGCCCCCGUCAUCUACCAGUGGAGCCGGGCGCAGAAGCAGUUCGUGCCGCAGGGCGAGGUGGGUGAGAUGCUGGAUGUGCAGAUGGUCAAGCACUUCAGGGCCAAGCGGGACCAGUUCCUCUGCCUCAGCCGCUACAUCGGCGACUCCAAGGUGGUGCGGUGGGAAGGGCAGCGCUUCGUGGAGGUGCAGACGCUGCCGUCCCGCGGCUCCAUGGUGAUGCAGCCCUUCGCCGUGGGGCAGCGGCAGUACCUGGCGCUGGGCAGCGAUUUCUCCUUCACCCACGUCUACCUGUGGGAAGAGGAGAAGCAGAAGUUCGCCAAGUUCCAGGAGCUGUCGGUGCAGGCGCCGCGGGCGUUCCGGGCGGUGCCGGCGGCCGACGUGCAGCUGCUGCUGGCGCCCAGCUUCAAGGCCAACACGCUGGUGUACCGGCACGUGGUGGUGGACCUCAGCCUGUAGCCAGGGAGCCGCCGGACAUGCAUGUGCCCACCACCCCUUGCUCCCUCCCUGGGCACCCCCUGUCCCAGCCCUCCACCUUCACCCAGCCUCACGGUGCCUCAGUUUCCCCACAGUGCUCCCGGUUUCACCCUGUGGCACGCAGGGAGGGAGGGGGGGUGGGUGGGGAGGGUCUUUGUUUGCUCGGGCCAUGGGCUGGCAGCUGGUGGCAGGAAAGGAGAGGAGAUGGUGGGCAGGGAUGUGGCAGGAGGGGUGCGGGUUCCCAGGACCCUGAGGGACUUUGGGAUGCUCCAAAGUGGAUGGGAUGGCCAAGGUGGGUGGGGUGGGAUGCCCCAAGGAUGAUGGGAUGCUCCAGGAUGCUCCAGAAUGCUCCAGGACGCUCCAAGGCGAAUGCAGAAGGGAUGCUGAGGAUGAUGAUGGAUGCUCUGAUGACGAUGGGAUACUCCAGGAUGCUCCAGGAUUCUCCAGGAUGUUCCAAGGACGAGGGGAUGCUCUGAGGUGGAUGCAGAUGGGAUGCUGAGGAUGAUGAUGGAUGCUCCAAGACCAGCGGGAUGCUCCAAGGCGGAUGCAGAUGCGAUACUGAGGAUGAUGAUGGAUGCUGAGGAUGAUGAUGGAAGCUCUGAGGACAAUGGGAUGCUCCAAGGCAGAUGCAGAUGCAGAUGCGAUGCCCCGAGGACAGCACAAUGCUCCAGGCCAGCAGCUCCCACCCCUCUCCGUGCAUGUCCAGCAGCUCCCCGUGCCCACGGCCCCGCUGCCCAGCAGGACCCAGCGUGCCCAGAGCGUCCGUGCCCACCAAAACCCCCC